GUAUUUUUUCUUUCUCACUGUACGUGUUUUAUUAAUUAAUUAUGAUGUUUUCUGUUUACACGUACAGUUUCUGUAAUACAUUUGUUAUUGUUACCAUUCUUUGGUUGCUCAUUCCCAAUACUAUUACUAAAGUUGCCCCAACCUAUGCCCAUUCAUGUUUUGAUACAACAAUUACAUACACUCCCAAUACCACUUUUGAAUCUAAUCUCAAUCUCCUCUUCUCCACUCUUUCUUCCAAUGCUACCAACAAUAUUAACGGAUUUUACAACGCAACAGCCGGUCUUGAUGCCCCUGACGUGGCUUAUGGACUCUUUCUUUGUCGUGGUGAUAUCGCGGGUACAAAUGAGUGUCAAGAUUGUGUGGCUCUUGCAGGGACAGAAAUAGUGAAACUUUGCCCUAACCAGAAAAGGGCAUUUAUUUGGUUAGAUAAAUGCAUGUUACAUUAUGCCAACCACUCUUUUUUCUCCACCAGUGUGGAAUCACCGGUAAUCAUACUGUAUAAUGUGCAAAAUAUCACAGAACAAGACCGAUUUGAGCAAUUGCUGGGAGAAACUAUGGAUGUUUUAGCGACUCGGGCUUCAAAUGAUGAGUCUGGAAACGUUACCAGGUUUGCAACUCAAGAAGUCAACUUCACAGCUUUUCAGAAGCUAUAUAGCCUAACGCAGUGCACACAAGAUUUAUCCCAGAUUGAUUGUGAUAGAUGCCUUCGAAUAGGCAUCAGUAACAGACCAACUGACUUGGUUGGAAAGCAAGGGGCGGCCAUUUUUAUUCCCAGUUGUUAUAUUAGGUACGAGGUGUACCCAUUUUUCAAUUCCACAGCCACCGACCCACCACGGCCAACAUCUCCUCCGCCUCCACCUCCACCUCCACCUCUACCUCCUCCAAACCCUUUAGCAAGUCCUAAAGGUAAAAUUUCAAAGCAUAGGGAAAGGAUAAUUUCGGUCAAAACAACAAUUAUCGCCGUUGUUGCUUCAAUAGUUGUGUCAGCGGUACUUCUCUCAGUAGGCUUGUGCUUCCUAGUUAGGAGAGGCAGAAAACGGUAUUAUACUAUAGAAAAAGAAAACGUUGGGAGUGAUAUUACAAUUGUAGAAUCCUUGAAAUUUGAUUUGGGUACGAUUGAAGCAGCCACAAACAACUUCUCCAUUGAUAACAAGAUAGGUCAAGGCGGGUUUGGUCAGGUCUACAAGGGUAGUCUCCGUGAUGGACAAGAUAUAGCUGUGAAGAGGCUAUCCAAGACCUCUGCACAAGGCGCUACAGAAUUUAAGAACGAGGUUGUUGUGGUAGCCAAGCUUCAACAUAGAAAUCUUGCCAGACUAUUGGGAUUUUGCCUCACUGAAGAGGAGAAGAUACUCAUUUAUGAAUAUAUUUGUAACAAAAGUCUUGACUAUUUUCUGUUCGAUCCGGAAAAACAAAGACAGUUGGAUUGGUCAAGACGCUACAAUAUUAUAGAAGGUAUAGCCAGAGGGAUGCUUUAUCUUCAUGAAGAUUCCCAGCUAAGAAUAAUUCAUCGUGAUCUCAAAGCUAGCAAUAUUUUGUUAGACGGGGAGAUGAACCCUAAAAUUUCAGAUUUUGGCAUGGCAAAGAUUUUUGGUGUGGAUCAAUCUCAAGGAAAUACAAGAAGAAUAGCUGGGACAUUUGGUUACAUGCCUCCAGAGUACGUAAUGCAUGGAAAGUUUUCUGUGAAAUCAGAUGUGUUUAGUUUUGGUGUUUUAGUUCUAGAGAUUAUAAGUGGCAGGAAGAAUGGUUAUUUCCAUCAAUCAAGCUCUGGUGAGAGCCUUCCAAGUUAUGCUUGGAAACAAUGGAGAAAUGGGACCCCAUUGGAAUUGAUGGAUUCAACAUUGAAGAACUCUUAUUCAAGUAAUGAAGUGGUCCGAUGCAUCCAUAUAGGCUUGUUGUGUGUUCAAGAAGAUAUGGUGGCGAGGCCCUCUAUGGCAUCUGUAAGUGUCAUGCUCAACAGUCUUUCUGUUAGUCUACCAUUGCCUCGAAAACCUGCAUUCUUUGUUCAUAGCAGAACAGAGUACUUGAGCUCGCCAAAUGGAUUUAAGUCGAAUCAACGUACAAGCAAGUCAAAGGAGUCGUCUCGAAAUGAAGCAUCUAUUACUGAACUUUACCCUAGAUAGAAUGACAAGUUUAAGAUGUAAAAUGAAGUGAGCUGUUAAUCGCACAGGAUAUGAAUGUAUUCACAUAAUAUGAAUUUAUUGGCUUUUUUUUAUUUUUUUUUUAUUUUUUUAAUAUUUCUAAACUCUGAAAUUGAUCCCAAUAUAUUUUUUUCAUGAAUUUUUACCAUUUGUCCAACAUAAUAUUAUACUACAAUUUAAAAUUUUAUCCGUUAUGAUAUUGCCAAUAAAAAGCCUAGUCUAUUUUCUAGUGUUUAUGCCUGACUAAGUCAAUUGAAAUGAUGGAUUAGGUAUGUUGAAUUCAAAUUUUCACUUCUCUCCGUCACUAAUAUUAAGUGUAUUUGUCACCACCCGAAUCCAAAAAUCUGAAUCGCAAACCGGGUCCUUACCCGAACCU